UCGGCGCUUAGUCGUGGUUCAGUGGACCGUCGUCGUCCGGUCGUCCCAACUUUCGGCCCGUGCGCGGAACGUGGAACUUGGAACUUGUGCCGUGAUUGUGAUCCGUUCCCGCGCCUCUCCCGUGGGACCCCCCGUUCCGAACCCCCGGAUUAUCCCACCCCGCCCACCAUGGAGUGCAACACCAAGACUGACCUACCCAAACCCCCGCUCCUCGGCUCAAAAUGGCAAUUCUGGAAACAAAGGCGAUACUUGGUGGCGUUCCUAGCUUUCCUCGGAUUUUUCAAUGUAUACACGUUGAGGGUGAAUUUAAGUGUCGCUAUAGUUGCCAUGACGACCGGGCAAAUUUUAAAAGAGAAGUUGGAGAACGGAACCACGGUCAUCUCUACCAUGCCAAAAGAAUUUGACUGGGACUCAAAGCUUCAAGGGUUGAUCUUGAGCUCAUUUUUCUACGGCUACAUCUGCACUCAACUGUUCGGCGGGUGGCUUGGUGCGCGGAUUGGAGGCGCUCGCGUCUAUGGAGUUGGAGUGGCAGUUACAGCGCUUCUCACCCUGAUCACUCCACCUUUGGCGAGGUUGAAUGUCAACUUCCUCAUCGCCCUAAGGAUUAUAGAGGGAUUAUUUGAGGGUGUGACAUAUCCAUGCAUCCACGCCGUCUGGUCUCAAUGGGCGCCACCCAUGGAGCGAACGCAACUUGCCUCCGUCGCCUUCUCCGGGAGCUUCGUCGGGACGGUCGUCGCUUAUCCCGUUUGCGGCUUCUUAGCUGAUAAGUUCGGAUGGUCCGCAGAUUUCUAUAUCCCAGGUCUCGUUGGAUUGUUCUGGGUUCUGGUUUGGCUGACUGUCGUUCGAGACCGACCGGAAGACGAUCCGUACAUUUCGAGUGAAGAAUUGAAGUACAUUCAAGACACUCUUGGUGAUACUUCCGAUAAAAAGGUGCCAGUGCCAUGGAAAAAUAUCGUCACGUCAAUGCCUGUUUGGGCCAUAGUUUGUGCUCACUUUUGUGAAAACUGGGGCUUUUACACACUGCUGACUCAACUUCCAACAUUCAUGAAAGAUACGUUGAAUUUCAACCUGGCUGAAUCUGGAUUUUUAUCAGCCCUGCCGUACCUCGUUAUGGCCCUGGUAAUGCAGAGAUCUGGUUACCUAGCUGACUGGGUUCGGUCCACUCAUUUGACCACUACGCAGACGAGAAAACUAUUUAACUGCACGGCUUUCAUAAGUCAGACAAUUUUCAUGUUUGCUGCUUCCUACAUGACAGCCCCUGCUGGUGUCAUUUUCUGUUUGAUCAUGGCCGUUGGACUAGGGGCCUUCGCUUGGUCAGCUUUCAGCGUGAAUCACCUUGAUAUUGCCCCCCAAUAUGCCAGUUUAUUGAUGGGUUUUUCAAAUACUUUUGCCACGAUACCAGGAAUAAUAAGUCCUAUGUUGGCGGGAUAUCUAGUCCAGAACAAGCAACCAUCGGAGUGGCAGAACGUGUUCCUUAUUGCCAGCGGGAUUUAUCUAUUCGGGGCCAUUUUCUACGGGAUUUUCGCUGAUGGCGAGAUUCAACCCUGGGCCAUGGACGAGAGCACGGUACAGAAACAUAAUUCUAACUCGAAAGACACCGAGAAACAACAAUCCGAGUCUAAAAUGACCAAGUACACGGUCAACCCGCCAACGUCAUACACGAAUCCGGCCCUGAAUACCCAAGAAUAAGCCAUUCAUCUCAUGGAAUUUUCAGUAGUCACCAUGAGAGGACCCGACGUAUUUGACUGAAAGGCUCAUGAUUGUUAGACAAAGUUUCCGGUGAAAUGGCGCUUUGGGUCGGAUCGAUGAGGCAGUCAGUGGGGUGUUCAAUCUCAAACGAAGACUUAAACGCAGAUAAAAGACAAUAAGAACUAAACAAAGGCAACUUUAUUUUGUUAAACUUAUGAACUUUGCUUUAAAGAGGGAUCCCAAAAAAAAGUUUUGUAGAGAUUACGUUCGCGUCUAUGGAGACUUAAUUACAUUUUUUUCUGAUCAAAAUUUGAACAAAAAUGUGAAAUAACAUCACAACAGCACGUACCUUAAGAAAAAGUCCUCACAGGUGGAAGAAUUUUUAAUUUUUUUUUUGAUAAUGUUGAGUGGAUUUCCAAAGUAAAGAUGUCAUAAUAUUCAUUAAUCUUUCGAUAAAGUUUGUCUUUUUCACCAUAUCGCCCGACAUACACUUUUCCGUUUUUUGUGAUUUUUUGCGACGAAAAAAUACGCGGGAAGUAUUUUUAUCCUAUUUCAAUUCCUUAAAUUUGGAUAAUUUUUCCAGGUGAUAAAAGAGUUCAUAAGAGAAAAAAGUUGGGAAAAUUUGUAAUUUUCUUACUUACAAUUGGUGCUAGUUUAUUCAUUUUCUACUUGAGAGAUAAACGAAAGAAGUGCGAAUAAUGAACUAGAUCAUGCACGAUUAAUGUGAAGGAGUAUUAAUAAAAUACUUCUGAUUGAGGCUCCUUCGGGGAAAUUUUAUCAUAUCGCUUUAUAAUCGUGGGUAUAUUCAAUGAUCAUGGGGAUACCAUGACAGCUUUUUAAUUUUAGAGAUUCAUUUUUGGCGAUCUAUUUUUUCCCCUACCGUGAAGAUUUUUUUUUUUUAAAUUUGAUUCGCUUUGGCCCCAAAAAUACUCAAAAAUCUGCCCAUGUGACUGCAAACUACGUUGGAAGCAUUUAUUUGUAACCUGCAUUAGGCUGUGAUAUUUUGUAAAUAGAUAAUUAAAAGUAGGACAGAAAAUACUCGACUCACCAUUUGUGAGGGUAUUCAGAGAUUGUGUGAUCAUUAAACAGAAAGCUAAGUAAAAUCACACGUUUCGUUUUUUAAGAGGUUUUAAAAAGUUAUUGAAAGUACUUUAGACUAGCAAAGAAACAUUAGCUUGACGUCCCUUUAAUAAUUCUUGACACAGUUACUUCAUCAACACGUUAAGUGACACAUAUUUGCGUCCCGUUCCACGAGAUUCUACAAUUUUUUUGUUCAACAUUUUAUUGCUCUUUUCGGGUGGUAGAGGAGGUGUCAAUAAAAAAUUAUUAAAACUGCUGUUCUUAGCGAAUACAAAUUAAAAUUUGCGUCUAGAUUAUUGUUAUUUUAUAUUAAUUUUAAGUUUCCAAGUAAAAACUAAAACUGACAUGUGAACUCCUUCCGUUAUUCUGUAGAUUGUAUGUCCUAACUAACGUCAUCCGGAAAAAAAAGGAAGAAAACAGUGUUGCUUUCACUCUUUGGUAAUUUGUAUUUUUUGUAAGGGAACGUGAGGUAAUUUGACAAAAGUUGCAAGAAUCAUAUUCAUUGAACCAAAAUUCAAUUGUCGCAAGAAUGCACGAAAAAACAAAAUAGGAGAAGAGUUAAAUGAAGUUUAGCACUCUGUACAAGACGUUUUUCAAUACGAUCAAUGUACUAUCGUAAUAUACUGAAAUUUAUUACACUCAGUUUAUAUUUAACUUUCCUAUUUUUCCAAAAUUUUCAAACGGACUAUUUUAUGCAUGAUGAUAACAAAAAUAGAAUUAAAUUACUAUGAAUGUGAAACAAUUUUUUCUGAUUGUGCAUUUUUUUUAACACUCGAUAUAUUCUUUUGUUUGAGAACAAAUCGUUUCAUUCAUGCCAGUAGUGAUACAGAGGCCCCAGAAUGAUCUCGUGAACGGUGUUGCAAAAUACUUAAGUUGGGAACUUAAAUAAGUUGUGAAAUUGAGCGGUGGCAACUUUUAAAGUUUUACCGCGUUUGCAUUUACUUUUGUUUUUUGUAAAUAAAGUUGUAGUAUAGUCAGCA